AACCAAGUGGCACAAUCGAUCAGAAAUUAUCGAUCGUACAUUUUACUGAUAAGCAGCUGUUUGUUUAAAAAUAGAUGACUUUUACCGAUACACUUAGCUCAGGUCAAAAUAAACAAUUUUUAUUAAGAAAUAGAGCGCGUUGUGCUCCCAUUGGAAAGUUAUUAUGUUCAGUUCAUUUUUUGCUGUAACGGGUACGAUAUUGCGAAAAAUGUCAUCAGCAAGUUUAUCUGAAAAACAUGGUUUCGUUGUUAAUGGAAAAAAAAUUCUUGGAGCAGCGCUCAAUUACAUGGAUAUUGUACGAGCCCGCAAUGUUCCUGUUCCAACUGAGCCACUUCUGUUUCUAAAACCCACAACAACCUACGUUGUUGAAGGCAAACCUAUUGUGAUUCCCAGAGUAUUUUCGAAAGUGGCACAUGAGGUUGAAUUAGGUGUUAUCAUUGGAAAAAAAUGUAAAAAUAUUACCAAAGAAGAUGCGCUCAAUUAUAUUAGUGGUUAUUGCUUGGCGCUUGACAUGACGGCACAAUGUAAUUUGGGCUUAGCACGAAAAAACGGACAUCCAUGGAGCUUAGGUAAAGGUUUUGACACCUCAACGCCAGUAUCGGGUUUCAUAUCAACAAACGAGAUUAAAGAUCCUCAUAAUGUGCCACUUUGGUUGAAAGUAAACGGAGAACUUCGUCAGCAAGGAAACACAGCAGACUUAAUAUUUAAAGUAGACGAUCUUAUCGCCUAUGCUUCAAAAUAUAUGACACUUGAACCAAACGAUCUUAUUUUGACUGGCACACCCGACGGUGCUUUAGCGGUAAAAGGCGGAGACAUUAUUGAGGCUGGCAUUGGCGAUAGUGUAAGGAUAAAGUUUAUUGUCGUUGGUGAAGAUGUCGAAAAGCCUAGUGCAUUGUAAAACAGACACGUAUAAAAAUAAAUUAAUUACUUUUUAUUAAGUAAACUACGA